AUUAAAGUAAAUUGCAAUAGAAGAGAGCAAAUUGAUUAACACUAGAUAAUUUGAAGGUAGUAAAUCCAAAAAUUAUAUGAGAUGAAAUAAGCAAUUCUAAAGAUGAUAUGAACAAAUUAAUUUUCCUAAAUGAAAAAUUUAUGGUCCUAUUAAGAAAGCAUUUUAAUUUCUGGCGAAAGGUUUAGCAGUAUCACCAUAUGUCUGUGCAACUUCAUCGCACGAUUCAAAGCUAUGCAAGCUGUAUCAUACGAGGCCCGAAAUGUUCCUUAGUUGACAAAAAUAAAAAAUUGAAUGAGUUGUCAAAACUGGGCCAAACUGAUGAUGCUCGAAAGCUGUUUGAUAAAAUGCCUGAGAAAGACGAAUUUACAUGGAGUACAAUGAUUGCCGCGUAUGCCAAUGGAGGGAGGCUUGUUGAAGCAAGGCAUGUUUUCCAGGAGGUCCCAAUCAAGAGUUCAAUCAGUUGGUCUUCUCUUAUUUGUGGAUACUGUAAGCAUGGUUUUGAAUCUGAAGGAUUUGAAUUGUUUUGGCAAAUGCAAAGUGAGGGGCAUAGGCCCAGUCAGUUUACAUUGGGAAGUCUUUUGAGAAUGUGUGCGAUAAAGGGUUUGCUUUCGCGAGGUGAACAGAUACAUGGAUAUGCUAUUAAGACUUGUUUUGAUAUGAAUGUUUUUGUAAUGACUGGUCUUAUUGAUAUGUAUGCGAAGUCUAAGCGUAUCUUGGAGGCUGAGUGUAUUUUCCAAAUCAUGUCUCAUGGGAAAAAUCAUGUUACUUGGACUGCUAUGAUUAAUGGGUAUUCUCAAAAUGGCGAUGCAUUAAGAGCUAUUCAGUGUUUUACCAGCAUGCAUGCAGAAGGAAUUGAGGCGAACCAGUAUACAUUUCCAGGUGUUUUGAGUUCUUGUGCUGCACUCACUGAUAUUAGAUUUGGGGUACAGGUGCAUGGCUGUAUUGUUAAUGGUGGUUUUGAGGCCAACGUGUUUGUUCAGAGCUCGUUAAUCGACAUGUAUUCUAAAUGUGGAGAUUUGCACAGCGCUAAGAAGACAUUGGAACUGAUGGAGGUAAAUCAUGCAGUUUCUUGGAAUUCCAUGAUACUUGGGUGUGUGAGGCAUGGAUUUCCAGAGGAGGCACUGUCUCUGUUCAAAAAGAUGUAUGCUAGUGAUAUGGAAGUGGAUGAGUUUACUUACCCUUCGGUUCUGAAUUCUCUUGCUUGUAUGCAUGACGCCAAAAAUGGGAAAUGUCUUCAUUGCUUGGUUGUUAAAACUGGAUAUGAGAGCUACAAGCUUAUAAGCAAUGCACUUGUUGAUAUGUAUGCUAAACAGGGAGACCUAGCUUGUGCGAUUAGUGUUUUCAACAGCAUGGUUGAAAAGGAUGUAAUCUCAUGGACAGCACUCGUAACUGGCUGUGCUCACAAUGGCUCUUAUGAAGAAGCUCUGAAAUUAUUUUGUGAGAUGAGAAUGGCUGAAAUUAAACCAGACCAAAUUAUCAUUGCUAGUGUUCUUAGUUCUUGCUCACAGUUGGCACUACUUGAACUUGGCCAGCAAGUUCAUGCGGAUUUUAUUAAAUCUGGCCUUGAGGCAUCAUUAUCAGUUAAAAAUUCUCUUAUGACUAUGUAUGCCAAUUGUGGUUGCCUUGAAGAUGCCAAAAAAGUAUUCAACUCAAUGCAAAUGCAUAAUGUGAUCAGUUGGACUGCUCUCAUAGUGGCUUAUGCCCAGAAUGGCAAAGGAAAGGAGUCUCUGAGAUUUUAUGACGAGAUGAUUGCAAGUGGAAUAGAACCUGACUUCAUUACAUUUAUAGGCCUAUUGUUUGCCUGCAGCCAUACAGGUCUUGUUGACGAUGCAAAGAAGUACUUCGCUUCAAUGAAGAAAGAUUAUGGGAUAAGACCAAGCCCUGAUCACUAUGCAUGUAUGAUCGAUCUUUUGGGCCGUGCGGGGAAAAUACAGGAGGCUGAGAAGUUAGUCAAUGAAAUGGAUAUUGAACCUGAUGCUACUGCGUGGAAAACAUUGCUUGCUGCAUGUAGAGUACAUGGCAGCACAGAUCUAGCAGAGAAAGCUUCAAUGGCUCUCUUUCAGCUGGAACCACAAGAUGCUGUCCCUUAUGUUAUGUUGUCAAAUAUAUAUUCCGCUGCUGGAAAAUGGGAAAAUGCAGCAAAACUUAGAAGAAAAAUGAAUUUGAAGGGUUUAAACAAAGAGCCUGGUAUAGUUGGAUUGAGAUGAAUGGAGUGGUGCACACAUUUAUAUCUGAAGGAAAGAAGUCAUCCAAAGAGUGAUGAAAUUUACUCAAAACUUGAUGAUGUUAUUGCAUUGAUAAAGGAAGCUGGGUAUGUGUUUCUCUCCAUGAUAUCAAUGAAGAAGGAAGGGAACGAAGUCUUUCUUAUCACAGUGAGAAGUAGGCUAUUGCUUUUGGGCUUCUUUGUGUGCCAAAAGGAUUACCAAUUCGGAUUUACAAGAACCUUUGUGUAUGUGGUGACUGCCAUAAUGCAAUGAAAUUCGUGUCAUUUGAUCGACAUAUUAUUUUGCGAGAUUCAAAUUGUUGUCAUCAUUUUAAGGAAGGAUAUGUUCUUUUGGGGAUUAUUGGUAGAAAACAUUCCUUUGACUUCUCUUGGCUCUUGUUUCCUUUGCGGUCGGCAUUUUCAGAACAUUCGAUUUCAUUGAUUGGGUCUUUAGCUCAUCACAAGAUCAAUGUGAAUGAUGAGAAUUAUUGGAACUGAUUGCUCUCUGGAACUUAUACGAGAGUCGAUUCCAUAGUCCUUAUUUCGCAGCACUCUCCCACGGCAGGCACCAAUUGCCACUCCCCGGCAUCAGGGAAGAUAACUGGUCCUCAUUCUGAAAGUAUUAUUGACUCCGUGAAGACAAGGUCAGAUGAUCCUGAAGAAAGCUUUGUUCUACAUAAAAUUGUGAUGAGUUUUCCUACACAGAAACUAGUAGGUUUCCCACGCCAGUCCUCUGUUUCUCUAUUGCAAACAUAUGGUGAAGUGGAUAAUAUUUCAUAAGCCCGUGCUCAUUGCCUGCCUUUGGUUUCCUAGGGGGCCUUAGUCCCCGUCUUUAUUGUGAGCAUAUGGCAAGAGCAUAAUAUUUCAUAAAGCCUAGUGUUCAUUGCUUGCCUUUGGUUGUACGGACCAAAGUAUGUUCAUCAUUCCCAAGUCCUCUAUGACAUCAGAGCCCUUUCCAUUGAAGUCACUGAGCCUUUCCUAUUAUGGAUGCAAUCAGGGUACCAUAACUACACGCAUUUCUUGGAACCAGCUCCGAUGGAGUUGAUGAAACAAAACGCAAAAAAGCUGAUAAUGUUCUCGAUGGAGGCAGUAAUUAGCGAUCAGGAUCUCCGAUGGGACAGGUUUGAAAGGCACAUUCUCUUUUGUUUGAUUCUGGAUACUCAACUUGUUGCUUGGCUAGAGACUUAAAAAUAGGUUACCACAAAAAUAAGUCAGAGAAAAAAAAAACUAUUGAUAGAUUAAUUAGAAUGUCAUAAUGUCGUUGUUGUGAUGGUUAUAUCUGUGAUGGUGUAUUCUCAUUGUAUAGAUCAAAUAGGUGUCUGUUGCCAAUUCAUAAACCAUCUAUACCACAAGCGUAAAGAGACCUAUGUUGAUUGUCCUUAUUUGUUGAAUAGGGAUAUAAUCUCCCUGGUUCUAAUUUGCUGUAAUCACAGGACCACAAAGCUGUACUUGUUUAGGUUCUGAUUUUUAUAAAGAUUGUACUUGGUGUUAAUUAGUGCUUUGAAUCACCAAUUCAUGGGUACGAUUGUUCUUAAAUU